ACUUUUUGCGUUUUUAUCAUUUUCCUGCAAUUCCAAAGUUGAAGACUCUCAGAGGAACAAUGGAAAACGGAUCCAGGAAAUGGUGUUUUCAAGGGAACCAGGAGCUGGACCAAAAGUCUGACGUCACAAUCAGGACGGUGCUCGAUAUGCUCCUGAAGAAUCUCAACAAGGAUGAUUCCCGGCCGGUGAUUCCCCUCGGUCAUGGCGAUCCCUCCCGUUUCCCAUGCUUUAGGACCGCCGCCGCAGCCGUUAAUGCCAUUUCCGACGCCCUACGAUCCGCUGAGUACAAUUCCUAUGCUCCGACUAUUGGAGUUCUUCCAGCAAGAAGGGCUGUAGCAGAUUAUCUUAGUCGUGACCUUCCGUACAAGUUGUCGCCAGAUGAUGUUAAUCUAACACUGGGAUGCACCCAAGCAAUAGAAAUAUCAUUAUCAGCCCUUGCCCGUCCUGGUACCAACAUUUUGCUUCCUAGACCAGGCUUUCCUUACUAUGAAGCUCGUGCUGCUCUUUCCCGUCUUGAAGUUCGACAUUUCGAUCUUCUUCCUGAAAAGGGUUGGGAAGUUGAUUUUGAUGGUGUUGAAGCUCUUGCAGAUGAGAAUACUGUCGCCAUGGUCAUCAUAAAUCCAGGCAAUCCCUGUGGAAAUGUCUACAGCUAUGAGCAUUUGAAGAAGGUUGCAGAGACAGCAAGGAAACUGGGAAUUCUGGUGAUUGCGGAUGAAGUGUACGACCAUCUUUCAUUUGGAAGCACCAAAUAUGUACCAAUGGGAGUAUUUGGCUCUAUUGUUCCUGUUCUGACCCUUGGCUCUAUAUCAAAGAGGUGGGUUGUUCCUGGUUGGCGACUUGGGUGGCUGGCCAUAAGUGAUCCCAAUGGAAUCCUUAAAGAAUCUGGGGUUGUUAAAUCAAUUACGACCCUUCUCAAUGUUAGCUCUGAUCCACCAACAUUCAUUCAGGGAGCAGUUCCCCAAAUCAUUGAGAAUACAAAGGAGGAUUUCUUUAACAAUAUUAUUGGCAUAUUAAGGGAGACUGCAGAUAUAUGCUAUGAUAGAAUUAAGGAGAUUCCUUGCUUAAGCUGCCCAAGCAAACCAGAAGGAUCCAUGUUUGUAGUGGUGAAGCUGAAUCUAUCAAUGUUGGAAGGCAUUGCUGAUGAUGUGGAUUUCUGCGUGAAGCUAGCUAGAGAGGAAUCUGUCAUGGUUUUACCAGGGGUAGCUGUGGGAAUGAAGAACUGGCUUCGUAUUACUUUCGCCGUUGAGCCUUCUUCUCUCGAAGAUGGCCUCAAGAGGGUAAAAGCCUUUUGCCGAAGAUAUGCUAAGAAUGAAUAAGAUUUAAAGGAAGUUGUUUAAACAGGCAAUGGUGAUCGACAACAGCCUGUUGGAUCGCUUUCCCGAAUGCAUAUCUGUGAAAUUGAACUACUCAGAAAUAAGAGCCGUGCUCAAUAACAUAGGAAAGGGGAUGUGGAGAUUACAACUUUAGUUGAAUCUCCAUGUCUCAUAGUUUUAGUUCUUGUAAGUAGUCAGCAACAGCUUGCAGGAUUGCUUUCUCGAAUUGAUCGGUGAAAUUGAACCACUCAGCAAUAAGAGCCGUGCUCAAUAACAUAAGAAAAGGGGAUGUGGAGAUUACAACUUUAGUUGAAUCUCCAUCUCUCAUGGUUUUAGUUCUUGUAAGUUGUAUUUAUUCUCCCAGUAGGGAAUGGCAUGAAUGUUAGAAAUUGCUUUUGUUCUGCGUAAGAAAUUCUAUAAAAGGAAACCUAUGAU